UGCAGGGGGAUCACAGCGCAAUCUCUCUCUCUCCUCACAGGGACAGACAUGGCUGACGGAGUUCAUGAGGAGAGAUACGGGUAAUUUUGUAUAUUUCAGCGCUUAGAGACUUGAGAGGUAUGUGCUUCUGAUGGAUAUGAAGGCGACGGUGACCUUCGGCGUAAUUUGCAGGUUAAAUUGUCCUGCAGUGGCGAGGCUCUGAUGCUGGCGGCACCAUCACUGUGAAAUAAACUACAAACUCAUUAGGAGAAGCCAGCAGAUACACCAAAGCCAUCAAAAUGUCUAAAAGCAAGAGCUCUGAAUCUGUUAAGGUAGUGGUGCGUUGCCGUCCCAUGAAUGAGAAAGAGCGAGCCGCCAACUUCCAGAGGGUGGUCUCAGUGGAUGUGAAGUUUGGGCAAGUGGCCGUGCGCAACCCUCGCAGUGCGUCCUCCCAUGAGCACCCAAAAGUGUUCACCUUCGAUUCCGUCUAUGACUGGAGUUCAAAGCAGAUGGAGCUCUACGAUGAGACUUUCCGGCCAUUGGUGGACUCUGUACUUUUUGGCUUCAAUGGGACCAUCUUUGCAUACGGCCAGACGGGCACUGGAAAGACUUUCACGAUGGAAGGGGUACGAAAUGACCCCGACAGGAGGGGUGUCAUUCCGAACUCCUUUGAACACAUUUUCACACACAUCUCCCGCUCUCAGAACCAGCAGUACUUGGUCAGGGCUUCAUACUUGGAGAUUUAUCAAGAAGAGAUCAGGGACCUUUUAUCGAAGGACCAGUCGCGCCGUCUGGAGCUCAAAGAGAGGCCAGAUACGGGUGUCUAUGUUAAAGACCUCUCUUCAUUCGUCACUAAAAGUGUUCGUGAGAUUGAGCAUGUGAUGAACGUGGGGAACCAGAACCGCUCGGUUGGUGCAACUAACAUGAACGAGCACAGCUCUCGCUCUCACGCGAUCUUCGUCAUCACCAUUGAGUGCAGUGAGUUGGGUCCUGAUGGAGAGAACCACAUUCGGGUUGGGAAACUCAACCUUGUUGACCUGGCAGGAAGUGAAAGACAGACCAAAACUGGUGCUCAGGGCGAGCGCUUGAAAGAAGCCACCAAAAUCAAUCUCUCUUUGUCAGCUUUGGGCAACGUCAUCUCAGCGCUGGUGGACGGGAGAAGCACCCACAUCCCGUACCGUGACUCUAAACUUACAAGACUGCUUCAGGAUUCCUUGGGCGGAAAUGCCCGUACGGUUAUGGUGGCCAACAUUGGACCUGCUUCCUACAAUUUGGAGGAGACUCUGACCACGCUACGCUAUGCAAAUCGCGCUAAAAACAUCAAGAACAAACCCCGUGUCAAUGAAGACCCCAAGGAUGCCCUGCUUCGGGAGUUUCAGGAGGAGAUUGCCCGCUUGAAAGAACAGUUGGAGAAAAGGUCUGGCAGGAAGAGGAGCAAAAGGAGGAGGAGGAGGGUUGGAGAAGGAGGAGAGGAGCUAGAAGAUGAGGAGGAGGAGGAUGAUGAUGAUGAGGAGGAGGAUGACGACGAAGAGGAAGGAAUGGAUGCAGAUAAGAACAUUGUGGAUUAUUGGCAUGAACAACAGGAGAAGCUGGAGAAGGAGAGGAAGGCCAUCAUGGAGGACCACAGCCUGGUGGCGGAGGAGAAACAGAGGCUGCUGAAAGAGAAGGAGAAGAAGAUGGACGAUCUUCGCAAAGAGAAGGAGGCUUCAGAGAUGCUGGCGGCCAAAGUUAAGGCCAUGGAGAGCAAGCUGCUGGUGGGAGGGAAGAACAUUGUCGACCACACCAAUGAGCAGCAGAGGAUUCUGGAGAUGAAGAGACAGGAGAUAGCCGAACAGAAAAGGCGGGAAAGGGAGAUGCAGCAGGUGAUGGAGUGUCGUGACGAAGAGACACUGGAGCUGAAAGAGACGUACAGCUCACUGCAGCAGGAAGUUGACAUUAAGACCAAGAAACUGAAAAAGCUUUUUUCCAAGCUGCAGUCUGUGAAGGCGGAGAUUCAGGACGCCCAGGAUGAGCAUGUCAAAUACAGGCAGGAGCUGGAGCAGACGCAGAAUGAGCUGACCAGAGAACUCAAACUCAAACAUUUGAUCAUCGAGAACUUCAUCCCACUGGAGGAGAAGAACAAGAUUGUGACAAGAGCCACUUUUGAUGAAGAAGAUGACCUUUGGAAAAUGACCCCCAUCACCCGUAUUCAAAGUGAUCAGCAGAUGAUGAAAAGGCCUGUUUCUGCAGUGGGCUACAGACGGCCUCUGAGUCAGCAUGCCCGUAUGGCCAUGUUGAUGCGGCCUGAUGUCAGAUACAAGGCUGAGAAUAUCUUGCUGCUGGAGUUGGACCUGCCCACACGGACCACAAAAGACUACGAGGGCCCGGUGAUCGCGCCUAAAGUGGCUGCGGCUCUGGAGGACGCUCUGAGGGAAGAGGACGAGAUCCAGGUGGACGCCUCUGGUCUUCGUGCCAGCCUGGGCUCCAGUCCAGGCCUCAGUGCCUCAGCUGCUGGCUUUUCCAAGAAACCAAAGUCAGGCCGCCCAAAAACUGGCAAGAAGGUGAGCACUCCAACUUCAGCUCACAGCCCUUUGUCUGGUUCAGGGUCCCCUCUUUACCCACAAUCCCGAGGCCUUGUGCCAAAGUGACACCGGCCCUCUGUGAAAACCUUCACUGCUCCAUAUAAACUGACUGGUUUUGGCAUUAAAGUUGUCCGUUUUUAAACAAAAAAGGUGGAACAUCUUGUGUUAUUUAAACCCACCAAUCAGCCCACAAACUACCUUGUUUUUAGAUGUCGCUUCAACAUCCCGUUCAUAGCACAACAAAAGUUACGUUUGGCAAUCUUUAAAGUCUUAAAGCUCACAGUAAGAUAAAGUUCCACAGAUUUAGUUUGCACUCAAGUAAAAUGUUACAUGUUUUGUGUGUGUGUGUGUGUGAGGUCAUUGAGACAGCAGAUGGUCUCGGGAAUUGACCAUAAGUGUUAGUUACGUCAUUGUGGGGAUGUUUUUGUGUGUGUCCAGUUAUAGGAUUAACAAAUUUCUCAAAUAAAGUAGCUGGAGAUGAGAUUUAUGCUGGUUUGGGCCACAAAAGCACUGUAUUGUUGUUUGACGAGAGAGUAAGCACAUUACGUCAUUGGCUAAGACCCAAAACAACCUCUAAGCCUUUCUCGAAGACUCUUCGAGGCGCUUGGGCUGGGGGAAGGGCCCAGAAACACACUCCUGACCAGGUUGUCGUCGCAGUCAGCACUGUAUCCAGUAAGGAAAGGUGUUAGGGGGUUUAAAGGUCAUCACAUACUAAUAAUAUCAGGGUUCCAAGGUGCCUUAGAUUCUCUUUAAGUACAGAGGUUUGGUCUGAGAGUCCCUUGACCUGAUAGCUGGACAGUAGAACCUGUAAUCCACACCAAAACCCCUGUGGAUGGUUCCUGAAUGCUUCGAAUUACGCUCUAAGUCUGUUGUGUUGAGCAGGCUUAUAUUUAAUAUUCAUGGGGAUCUGUAAACAAGAGUUUGACUUGACUAAGUCUUAUUUCUGUCUGUGGAACUGUCAAACCUUGAACUAGUGAAGGUAAUACCAUUGCCUGCUGCUACUGUAGGGUUCUUUUACCUCUUGUGUUACGGUUUAUGUAUAUUGCGACAUGUUAGUAAAUAAAUCUGCAUUAUCAUUGCAGUUGUAUUAAAAUCAAAAAUAAUAAAUGCAUUCUUAGAGUAACAUUUUAAAAGGCUAAGUUAUUACCAUACUAGUCGGGUUUAUAUUCAAGCAAUUGUAGAUCGUUUUUAAGUCGGAUUUUCUUUGCUUAGAUUUAUAUGGUUUAUUUUUGAAUAUGUAUUAUUUAAAGUUGUGUACAAAUUUAUUUUUGCAUAUGAGAUUUAAGUAUCAUUUUCAUGUCAUUCACUGCAUUCUUCUGUGUUAAGCGGAUUACGUCAUCCUAUAGUAAACCUACAGCUUUUGGAUUGUCAGAAUGUGUACCGCAAAUCCUGAUGCUGGUCAUUGAAAUGAGUGUGAAUUUAUUAAUUUAACUAUGCAUUAUCUAAUCGAUAUUCAUGCUGCCACUCCUGUGUUAUUGGAUAAGUCAUUAGUUGCUGUUACGUUAUUUUUUGAGGUUUUAGCAUGAUAUAAGAACAUCUAAAGCAUUAUAGGCGAAAUGAAACCGUAAACGGUCUGUAGUCUAAUACUCCAAUUUCACCCUUCUUCCAUGUGAUGCAUGAGUUCAGUGCUAAUAACCACACUGAGAAAAUAAUUUGUUCACACAGAUUUUUUUUUUUUUUACAAAAAUUUUUUUGAAUUUGUAUUUGAGUUUAGAAUGCAAAUGUCCUCAUUGUCUUAACCAUCAUUUAAUUAAAGGAUGAUUAUCUAUUUGAGGGUGUAAGAGCUGUUUUUUCCCCACCCAUUUAUUCUGCUUGCAUUUUUAUUCCACCCAAAUCACAAUAUGACUUUAAUAAGUAAUAAAAAUAACCAGACUUUUUAAUGCUUCACCUGAACUUCGUCCUCGUCCAGGUUGUGGUAGCACAAUUAUAUUUUUUUGUGAGCAUUUU